AGGAAACUUCUUUGAAAUUCAAAAAACCGUACGGUAAAAGCAGGUGGCAACCUUCGUAGUUUCACACAUUUUGAAGCUUUUUUCAUUCACAAACAUGUGCUUUAUUUUUGUUCAGCUUGAAACAUCACCAGUUGAGAGUAGAAGAGGGUACUAUUAUUGCAGAACACUGCCCACAAUCUAUUCUAGACCUUACGUAUAACUCCUACCUAUCUAAUCUAACUGUUCAACCAAACAAGGUACAACCACCGACUCCAUUGUGUUUUUCUACAUCUCAAUGUCUCUCUGGGGCUGACAAAAAUGCCACAAGCUUGAACAAAGGUACGUUCAUUUUGUGCCAAAACUGUCAAAAAUCAUUCUCUUAUUGGGUCAUCAACUACAAGGACAAAACAGCUGGCAGAGUCCUGCUGUUUUUUGUCUGCAUCACUACAAGAAACCUGGUGGCCAGAGUAAUUCUUUUAUGAAGGUAUCCAGUUUUGCUAAUCCAGGCUUAUUGAGGAGGCAAUUCAUUGAAGAGGCAGUGCACUUAUUCUUUUUUCUUUUGUAGCCUGCGAUUGUUUUUGAUAGUUGCUUAUGGCUGUUCUUAAACCAGUAAGUUCUUGCUUUGGAGCAAAGUAUCAAGCUCUAGCACCAUGGAGAAUUUUAAGGGGUCUGGUGUGUCUACUAGUGCUUCUUUCAACAGCAUUUAUAAUGUUAGUGUUCUUUGGUUUUAUCAGUGCUGUUAUAAUGCGACUUUUUAGCGUCAUUUACAGCAGGAGAGCAACUUCCUUUUUCUUUGGUGCUUGGCUAGCCUUGUGGCCUUUUCUAUUUGAAAAGAUCAACAAGACUAAAGUUGUGUUUUCUGGAGAUAUUGUUCCUUCUAGAGAACGGAUCUUAUUGAUCGCAAAUCAUAGAACUGAGGUUGAUUGGAUGUAUUUAUGGGACCUUGCCUUGCGGAAGGGAUGCCUUGGAUACAUAAAAUAUAUACUUAAGAGUAGCUUGAUGAGACUUCCAGUUUUUGGUUGGGCAUUUCACAUACUAGAGUUCAUCCCAGUGGAAAGAAAGUGGGAGGCUGAUGAGUCAAUCAUGCGCUAUAUGCUUUCAACAUUCAAGGAUCCACAAGAUCCUCUCUGGCUUGCACUUUUCCCAGAAGGCACUGAUUUCACUGAGCAAAAGUGCCUUCGGAGUAAAAAAUAUGCCGCCGAACAUGGGUUACCAGUUCUGAAAAAUGUUUUACUUCCAAAGACAAAGGGCUUCUGUGCCUGCUUGCAAGAAUUGAGGAGCUCUCUCGCUGCAGUUUAUGAUGUGACCAUUGGCUACAAAUACCGCUGCCCAUCUUUUUUAGAUAAUGUCUUUGGGGUGGAUCCUUCUGAAGUUCAUAUUCAUAUCUGCCGCUUUCCCCUUGAUAGUAUCCCGGUAUCUGAAGAGGAAAUGUCCAUGUGGUUGAUAAAUAGAUUCCAGACGAAGGAUCAGUUACUUUCCAAUUUUCAAACUCAAGGUCAGUUUCCGGAUCAAGCAGCAGAAAGGGACCUCUCUGCUGUUAAGAGCAUUUUAAAUUGUAUGACAAUUGUUACAGUGACAGGUACAACGAUGUACUACUGUUUUUCCUCAUUCUGGUUUAAACUUUAUGUGUCUCUAGUCUGUGCUUAUUUGGUUCCGGCCACAUAUUUCAAUACUCGGCCGCAGCCCAUUCUUAGCUUUUUGAAGGUGAUAGCAAGGUAGAAGGCACUGUCAGUUGUCUGACUGUUAAAGUAUAUAAGUAUUGGACUUGAUAAAAGGGUUGUCCCGACUGUUGUAGUAUACAUGCAAUUAUAUCUCGUUUAAAGGGUGUCCCGAUUUAUUUGAUAAAAUGGUGGACAACCACAUUUUGGCUCAUUGCUUUUUUGCUCAUU